GUGAGUAUCCUCAUAUAAGUUGUUUUAGAUUAAUAAAAUCCUUCAGAGUACAUUUUUAAAUAGACUAACUCAUAAGGGUCUUGAAGGAGAACCGAGCUAAAUGACAAUAGGAUGAGAGCUAAGGACAAUUUGAGAUGAACCUCCCGUUAGGUCGCCUGCGCGCGAAAAUCGUUGUCUAAUGACGUCAAAAGGGGCAGGUUCUGGGCAACUGAACUUUUACCAACCAAGGUAAAUCACAAACUGACACUAAGCGGAAGUGAUGCUUUCCGUCAUCAAAAUAAAAUCGUUAUGUUAAAAAAGGUGUAUAACUUCUUUGAUGUAUCCUGCAAACCAAAACGAUAGCUUAAACGACAAUUUCAUCACUUGAAAAAGAUUUUCAGAACCUACAUAAUACGCUAAUUUUAAAAGCCUGAACAUGAAAAUGGCUCCUGCUGGCUCUGAAAAUUAUUUCACUUACAACGUUUUGGACAUUUCCAGUAAAAAUCAAUGUUGUAAAUGUAAAUUGAAUGAUGCAAACUUUCUAUUUAAUGUAUUUACAUUUCCAUGCGUUGUUAGUCGCUUAUUUAAUCCGUGUGUUUUCUUUUUAUCUUUAUUAUUUUGAAAUUUGUAUCCGGAAGUUAUGCUUUUACUUUUACGCUAACUCCGGACUCCAAAAAGCUAGCCGACUAGCAAAGAGAAGCUAGUAUUUUUUUCCCUCAUAAAAUUGAUCGAUGAUGAGAUGUCUCUCAGGUUAUUGGUGCUAAUUAAUUAGUGUUGUCUCCGACAAGUAUUGAGAAUCAAUCGUCUGCUUUAAAAAGAGCGUGUUGUGAAGAAACAGAAGCGUCAGAAGGUAACGAAUUACACCGGCUGUAUUAGCAGGCUAACCGAAGCGAUUAGCUUCGGAAGUACUGCAAGAGACGCGUCUGACUGGGCAACCAAAAGCGGCUUCUGACCGCUGGCUGUCGAGCUACCCUGGUCAGUCAGUCAACAUAAUAGGUAGGAUUUCAAACAUGUAUUUUCGCUAGCGUUUUUUUUUUCUGGUAUUGAGUGCUUUCAAACUUUUAUUGCCUUUUCACCUUGCCACAGAUUAGUGUCAUUUUUAUUUUGAAAGUGUCAAAAAGACAAGUUACGGUCAGAACUACCCAUCUUGAAAGUUAGCUGAUAAUUUUUACCACAAACGGUACACUGUCAGAAAACCAUUAUAUUGUUAUGUUAUUCUUACAGUCGGUGGAUAAGUAAAUUAAAAAAGCAACCUUAAUCAAAUGUCAAGAUGUUAAUCGCUUGAAAAGCCUUUUAAUAUUGUUUUAAAACUGUCAAUAUGGCUGACAUUUCACUCCCGAACUAUGGGACUCUUAUCUGUUGAGUCUAUAAUGCUCUACAUGCUGAUUGGCUCUCUGAUGGAUCAGUCAAACGUACUUGGAAGCUGAUUGGAUGAAACCCUUGCGUUGUGGCACACCUCGAUUCAACAAACAUGUGAGACAAAGUCUGGAAAAAAUCUACCAGUCGUUGCAACUUUUGUGUUUCUUGUGUUAUAACUAAAUAUACUACCUUACAGCUUCACACAUGUAUAACUGUCAUUACAGUGGUUUGCCUAUGUGGCUAAUUUGACCAGUUUUAAAUCAUCUGAGUUAAUGUGAUGGAAUGUUUAUUGUUUUACAUGUCUUUAGUAAGAGUCAGACACCACAUGUUUCACAAUUGAUUUGAUUUUUCUUUGAUAGAAGUGAAAGUGUUAUUAGUGGCCUAUGAGGAAGCCACGUCGAAGGGGCCCGGUGGCCGGAGCAGAUGGAGAAGACAUCAACAAUUCUAAUGGGACAGGAAGCAGGCGUGGGGUUGCCCGCCAGCGAUCUCCAUCCCCUUACAGCCUCAAAGCAUCUCCUAGCAGAGAAACCCUUAGUUAUGCCCAGGCUCAGAAGGUGGUGGAGGUGGAACUGGAUGGUAGGCUUCAUCGUAUUUCCAUCCUGGAGCCUUUGGAAGUCAUUACAGAUGAUGAGAUGAUGGUUCAGGGUGAGUGUAACAGCAACAAAGAGAACAGUGAACAGUCAUUAUCUUCUACUGCCAGCGCCCCAACAUCUCUUAAGUCUGUCACACCUAGAGGCCGUAGAAAAGACUCCAAAUGCUCCUUCGUCAAGUCAAUAAAACCAGCCAAGAAACACUGUCCCAAUUCCCAACCUCAAACACCUGAAAAACUAAACACAUCAAGCUAUCAUCACACAGCUCUUCCUGAACCUAAGUUUCAUGUUCUGGAAACCUUCACACCUACCGAGGCACCCACCUUGCCUACAGCAUAUUAUCGUUACAUUGAAUGCUCACCUGAUGAGCAGGAGGCCAAAGCAGAAUAUGACAUGGAUGACGAAGACACUGCUUGGUUGGAUAUGGUAAAUGCUGGCCGGACAUCCGAGUAUUUAUCUGCUGUUUCACCUGACACGUUUGAGCUGCUGGUGGAUCGGUUAGAGGAGGAGGCGUACAGAGAAGCCCGGAGCCGAGCACCCUCUCAAAGCACCAUUGAUGAUGAUGCCUUCUGCUGUGUGUGCCUGGAUGACGAAUGCCUCAACAGCAACGUCAUCCUCUUCUGUGACUCUUGUAACCUGGCUGUGCACCAGGAGUGUUAUGGAGUGCCCUACAUCCCUGAGGGUCAGUGGCUGUGUCGCUGUUGCCUGCAAUCCCCUCAUAAACCUGUAGACUGUGUUCUGUGUCCAAAUCGAGGUGGCGCUUUCAAACAAACAAGCGAUGGCCGCUGGGCACAUGUGGUCUGUGCUAUAUGGAUCCCUGAAGUUUGUUUUGCUAACACCGUUUUUCUGGAGCCUGUGGAAGGGGUCAACAACAUCCCUCCAGCCCGCUGGAAGCUCACCUGUUACCUAUGCAAACAGAAGAGUCGGGGCGCAUCCAUUCAAUGCCACAAGGCCAACUGUUACACUGCGUUUCAUGUCACGUGUGCUCAGCGUGCUGGAUUGUUUAUGAAGAUUGAACCCGUUAGGGAAACAAACCUCAACGGCACCACGUUUACAGUGAAGAAGACGGCAUUUUGUGAGACUCAUUCUCCUCCUGGACAAGAGACCGGGUCGGACGAGGAGAGUGAAGGUCGGGUUGUGGGCAGCAGAGGGAGAGCUAGUAGAGGGCGGAGCGCCUACUCAGAAGGUCCAGCUACACCAAAGAAAGGUAGAAAGGCUGAAGAUGAUGGCUCAGAUAAAAAGAAAGGGAAGAAGAAUGCAGUGGAAAAAUCACAGAACACUGGUUCACCACAUGCAGCAGUGCCUCAGAUACCUACAAGCAGACUAAAUAUAAUCAGCAAAGGAAUCCUCCUCCAAAGGAAAAACCAGUUCAUGCAAAGACUGCACAGCUACUGGUUGUUAAAGCGCCAGUCAAGAAACGGUGUGCCACUGGUUCGACGAUUAAAUUCCAACUUUCAAACCCAACGGACUACCGAACAGCCUGAAGUGGACGAGAAGAUUUCUGCUGCAAGAGAAGCUCUGAGAUAUUGGCAGAAACUGCGACAUGAUCUUGAAAAGGCCAGACUGCUGGUGGAGCUAAUACGUAAGAGAGAGAAGCUCAAACGAGAGCAGGUCAAAGUUCACCAGGCAGCUUUGGAGAUGCAGCUGACUCCGAUGGUGAUGCUCCUUCAUUCCACUCUGGAUCAGCUUCAGGAGAAGGAUACGGCCCAGAUUUUCACCAAGCCAGUCGACAUAAAGGAGGUUCCAGACUACCUGGAGUUCAUCAGCCAGCCUAUGGAUUUCUCCGCUAUGCGUUCCAAGCUUGAAAGCCAUACUUACCGCUCAGUGGCUGACAUAGAGGCUGACUUCAAUCUCAUGGUGUCAAACUGCCUCCUCUACAAUGCCAAAGACACAGUUUUUCACAAGGCGGCACUGCGUCUUCGUGACCUGGGGGGCGCCAUAUUGCGUCAUGCCCAACGACAAACCACAAACGCCGGCCUGGACCUGGACACUGGCAUGCAUCUCCCAGAGUCCCCGCAGAAACGGGACUUUUACAGCUGUACCUGGGAGGACGUUGACAGUGUUCUGGAUCCGGAGAACCGGCUCCACAUGACGGUGGAUGAACAGCUGAAGGAACUGCUGGAGAAGCUAGACUUUGUAACGUCAAUGCGGUGCAGUGGAGCCCGAACUCGGCGCAUUCGCUUGCUUCGACGAGAGAUCAACAAGCUCCGCUACAGACAGGGCCAACACCCGAGCCACAGCCUCCACAAUGGACAGCUCAAAGAGGAUGAUGAGGAUGAUGAAGAUGAGGAAGAGAACGACAACAAUGCAGAUCACGGUCUUUCAUCCUUAGACAAAGAGGACUUCAAAUCUGCAUCUCCCCCAAAACUGGAACCAACAGGCCCGGCCCCCCCUCCACGCCAGGGAGAUACACCUCUAGAUCCUCCGACACUGCGGCCAAUCACAAGGGAGUCCCAGUCAUCGUCUUGGCACCGCAAGCGCCUUAAGAUAGACAGUGACCUCUCAAAAAGCAUUGUAGAGAACAGUAAGUGCCCUAAAGCACAAGAGGGGUCGGAAACACCGCCUCCGAUUUUGCAUAGCGAAGCUCAGGUGGUGUCCAACGGCCUCCCGGAGUUCAGCGUCUCUCCACAGCCCGCCACCGGGGGAGUCGGACGACGGACUUCUGUGUUGUUUAGGAAAGCAAAAAAUGGGGCCAAGCUUUUCAGAGACAGAGACAACCCUUUGUUUAAUGGAAACGGGCUGCAGGAUGAAGUUACAGCACCCUCCUCCACAGCUUCUACACAUUUGUCAAAGACCCCCCAAAAAAGCCCCGGACCCCCGACGCUCAGUGAACUAUGGACGCCUGAUCGAGACUUGAGUUUGGAUACCGAACCUGGGAGAAGGCUGGAAAGUGGACUGACCAACGGCUUUGACAGGCACAAAGACGGCAGCUCUGACUCUGAACCCAGCUUGUGUCCUGUCCUGCACAAAGAAAUCUCAACCCCCAAACGAAGCCUUGGGAAACCGUCUCUCUCCAAAGUUCCUCUUCUGGAGAUCGUCAACGGAGAUUCCGAUUACACCAGCAACAGCGUCCAAAAACCGGAGGAUGAGGUAGAAUUGGAACCUUUAGACCUGGUGUGGGCUAAAUGCAGAGGGUACCCCUCCUACCCUGCUCUGGUCAUUGACCCAGAGAUGCCUGAGGAAGGGCUGCUGCUUAAUGGGAUCCCCAUUCCAGUCCCACCCAAAGAUGUCCUCCAUCUGGGCGAGCAGAGACAGGAGGAGACUAAUGAGAGACUCUACCUGGUGCUUUUCUUUGACAACAAGCGGACAUGGCAGUGGCUCCCGCGAGACAAAGUCACACCGCUGGGUGUAGACGACACCGCCGACAAGCUGCGGAUAAUGGAGGGACGUAAGUCCAGCAUCCGAAAGUCGGUGCAGGUGGCUUAUGACCGGGCCAUGAUCCACCAGAGCAGAGUCAACCACAACCACUGCUUUGUGGCCUCAAACUACAUGUAGAGGGUGACUGUGAGCUCUCACACUUAGGUGUGUGUCCUGGUAAAGCAGCAGGUUCUGUCCAUGUCAACAAUGGUCUGAGGAGGUUGGACCUGUCGCCUCUCAGGACCAAUAAAUCACUGGUGUCUCUGUGCGGUGAUGCUCUGUUGUUGUUGAGAGAAUGUGUGAAGGAAGUGACUUUAAGCCCUGCGGUGCUAGGGUCAGUGAGCAGAGGAAUGGAGGUGUCUCCUUACGCCACCUGGAGGUCACAAAGCUUCAUGUUUGGAUCAAAUAAAUGAAUUCCAGCCGUUUUGCUGCCCAGGGAUCAAACUGCAGGAUCACUGCCUUCUUUUAUACUAUAUCUUUUUCUUUUUUUUUUUUUUACCUUUUAUUCUCUUACAGAAAGAUUCUUGUAUAUUUUAAUGAUAUGCUUGUGUACAUAUGUGUGUAAAAUCAAACCUAUUUUAAUGUAAUGUUACUGUUUUUAAUGCGUAUUUCAAUCAGCCGUCUGGGCGAAGCCAAGCUGUGAAUAGUGAAGACGAAAUAAUUUCUGACGUACGUGUGUGUGUGUGUGUGUGUGUGUGUUUCAGCAAACACAAUGAACUGAUCUUUAUAUUUGAAAUCUCUUUUUGAUACAGAGAGAAAUAAUUUAUUUAUGAAGACAGAACUAUAGAAAUAAAGUUAUAUUGGUUAAAUGGAGAAUUCUUAUUUAAAAAAACACGCAGCCAACAUUUUCGACAGAUUGCUUCUUAUUUGUUUUUACUGUACUAUCCAUCGCUGUUGAUGCUUUUAUUUAAUUUAUUUUCCCGAGCCCGGUUUUAUCAAAUGAAAAAGUCCACCUUUAUAAGCUUGUACUGCUGUCAUAUUUUACCUGCUCACCAAUUUUGUCUCUAACUCCUAUUUCCUUGUUUUGGGGAAAUAAAUAUUCUGUUAAAAACA